ACUGAGAGUUAUAGAAGAGACAGGAGGAAAAGAUAAGCGUAAAGAUGAACGAAGAAAAAAAGAGAAGAGGGACAGAGAAGUCAAGGAAAGUUAUUAUAUUGAAAGCAGUCUGGUUGCAGGUAUAAAGGACAAUGAACAGGCUGAAAAAUGUUCCUGGAGUUAAGCUUGUGAUAUUGGUGGUUCCAGAAUGCACAGAAAACAUGGGAAAUACGUAGUGAAUAUUGAACCUUCUGGAAACCAACCGCCAUUCCUGAACCCAAGAAAUGAAGCUCACAAUUCAGCAUGUCAGUUUUCUACAUCAACUGAUAUAACUGGUGAUAGUGCUACCAGUUUAACUGGUGUCUGCACCAACCCCGAAACCCUGGGACAGUCAGAGUUCCCAAACAGAGAAUUCCAACAUUGUCAGGUAACACGAAAUUUCCUCAAUGACUGGUCUCUGUGGAAAAUCUUCCUGGUUUGUCUCUUAGCCUGUGUGAUAACAACAGCAGUCGGAGUACUCAUACUGUCCCUGGUAUACAGUGGGAAAAAUAGUAAUGCCUCUAUUGUUAUCCAAUUUCCUGAAAGCCAUGGGACACCCUCAUCUACGACUGGAACACCCUCAUCAACAAGUUCUGAACCUACAGUUACUACUCCUAUAAUAGACUCCACCACAUUAUCCACCACCAAUGCCUCAACUGAGACUACUACAGCAUCAGCUACCACUUCAUCCGAACCAACUACCACGAUGAAUGCAGGCACUUCCACUGACAUUACAACGACACCAGCCACCACUACCUCUUCUACUGAAUCCACAACCACAACAUCCACUUCACCUGAACCAACUACCACAAUGACUGCGGGCACUUCCACUGAAGCUACUACCACACCAGCUACCACUACUGCUUCUACUGAAUCCACAACCACAACAGCCACUUCACCUGAACCAACUACCACAACUGCAGGCACCUCCAUUGAAGCUACAACUAGACCAGCCACCACUACUGCUUCUACUGAAUCCACAACCACAACAGCCACUUCACCUGAACCAACUACCACAACUGCAGGCACUACCACUGAAGCUACAGCCACAUCUGCCACCACUACCGCUUCUACUGAAUCCACCAACCACCAACAGCCACUUCACCUGAAACCAAAACCUCAACUGGCCGCCACUUCACCUGAAACAACUACCACAACUGCAGGCACUUCCACUGAAGCUAUAGCCACAUCAGCCACCACUACCGAUUCUACUGAAUCCACAACCACAACAGCCACUUCACCUGAACCAACAACCACAACUUCGGGCACUUCCACUGAAGCUACAACCACACAAGCCACCACUACCGCUUCUACUGAAUCCACAACCACAACAGUCACUACUCUUCAAUCCACUACCACAAUGACUGCAGGCACUUCCACUGAAGCUACAACCACAUCAGUCACCACUACCACUUCUACUGAAUCCACAACCACAACAUCCACUUCACCUGAACCAACUACCACAAUGACUACGGGCACUUCCACUGAAGCUACAACCACACCAGCUACCACUACUUCUUCUACUGAAUCCACAACCACAACAGCCACUUCACCUGAAUCAACUACCACAACUGCAGGCACUUCCACUGAAGCUACAGCCACAUCAGCCACCACUACUGCUUCUACUGAAUCCACAACCACAACAGCCACUUCACCUGAACCAACAACCACAACUGCGGGCACUUCCACUGAAGCUACAAGCACAUCAGCAACCACUACCACUUCUACUGAACCCACAACCACAACAGCCACUUCACCUGAAACAAGUACCACAACUGCAGGCACUUCCACUGAAGCUACAACCACAUCAGCAACCACUACCGCUUCUACUGAACCCACAACCACAACAAGCACUUCUCUUGAAUCAACUACCACAAUGACUCCGGGCUCUUCCACUGAAGCUACAACCACACAAGCCACCACUACCACUUCUACUGAAUCCACAACCACAACAGCCACUUCACCUGAACCAACUACCACAACAACUGCAGGUACUUCCACUGAAGCUACAGCCACAUCAGCCACCACUACCAAUUCUACUGAAUCCACAACCACAACAGCCACUUCACCUGAACCAACAACCUCAACUGUGGGCACUUCCACUGAAGCUACAACCACACAAGCCACCAGUACCACUUCUACUGAAUCCACAACCACAACAACCACUUCACCUGAAAUAACUACCACAACUGCAGGCACCUCCACUGAAGCUACAACCACAUUAGCCACCACUACCGCUUCUACUGAAUCCACAACCACAACAGCCACUUCACCUGAACCAACUACCACAACUGCAGGCACCUCCACUGAAGCUACAACCACAUUAGCCACCACUACCACUUCUACUGAAUCCACAACCACAACAGCCACUACUCCUGAAUCAACUACCACAAUGACUGCAGGCACUACCACUGAAGCUACAACCACACAAGCCACCACUACCACUUCUACUGAACCCACAACCACAACAGCCACUACUCCUGAACCAACUACUGCAAUGACUGCAGGCACUUCCAUGGAAGCUACAACCACACAGGCCACCACUACCACUUCUACUGAAUCCACAACCACAACAGUCACUUCACCUGAACCAACAACCUCAACUGCGGGCACUUCCACUGAAGCUACAACCACACAAGCCACCACUACCGCUUCUACUGAAUCCACAACCACAACAGCCAGUACUCCUGAAUGAACUACCACAAUGACUGCAGGAACUUCCACUGAAGCUACAACCACACAAGCCACCACUACUACUUCUACUGAAUCCACAACCACAACAGCCACUUCACCUGAACCAACUACCACAACGGCAGGCACUUCCACUGAAGCUACAACAACAUCAACCACCACUACCACUUCUACUGAACCCACAACCACAACAGCCACUACUCCUGAUCAAGCCACCCCUACCACUUCUACUCAAUCCACAACCACAACAGCCACUUCACCUGAAACAACUACCACAACUGCAGGCACUUCCACUGAAGCUACAACCACAUCAGCUACCACUAUGGCUUCUAUUGAAUCCACAACCACAACAGCCACUUCACCUGAACCAAGAACCACAACUGCGGGCACUUCCACUGAAGCUACAACCACACCAGCCACCACUACCACUUCUGAAUCCACAACCACAUCAGCCACCACUACUACUUCUACUGAACCCAGAACCACAACAGCCACUUCACUUGAACCAACUACCAGAAUGACUACAGAAACUUCUACUGAGAUGACAAUCACACUAACCAGCACUACCACUUCUAUUGAAACUACAACUGCAGCCAGCACUCCUGUUUCUACUGAUUCCACUACCACUGCUGUUAUUUAGAGCUUAUACUUCUGCAUCUACUGCCCCUCUGGAUGCCCCAUUUCUAGCCCUCAACACCACCGCUGUUUGCUGCCCCAUCUUGUUAACAUCUAUACUCCCCAUAUGCAUUUGCAGAAACACCACCUGUACUGUCUCUUUUUUUCCCCAAUGUGUUGUUUGGCCUCUUUGAUGAUUUGCUUCUCAAUAUCUGUCAUUCCACUUCCCUCUCACUCUCCAGUAUACUUUUUAAAAUCAGCUUUAUUGCAAUAUAAUUCCUAUAUCAUAAAAUUUGCCAAUUAACAGUGUAUAAUUUCCCUUAUUCCAUUAUUCUUAGCAAA